AUGAGGGCGUUUACUAUAUUGAAAAACUUGCUUCCAUUCUUCCCGUUGUCCUCUGCGCAAUUUUUACGUCCCAGGGUGCUAACUCGAGACUCUUCUUCAAGUGAAUCGGACUUUGACUGGUCCUCGAUCACUCCGUCAUCCAAUAUCGAAUGGGUCAAGUGUUACCAGGAUUUUACCUGCGCACGGCUCGAAGUCCCCCUAGACUAUGGUGACCACUCAAAAGGAAAAACCGCAGUUGCAUUUAUCAAGUUUGCUGCAAAGAAUGCUACAAGCAACACUAAGAAUCUACUUGUCAACCCUGGCGGACCAGGAGAGUCCGGUAUCGAUUUAGCUCUAGGAGCGGGGUCAAUGAUACAAGAAAUAUUUGGAGACAAUUACAAUAUCGUCGGCUUUGAUCCGCGCGGUGUUAGCAGAAGUGGCCCGGUGAUCGAUUGCUGGCCGAAUCACCCCGAAAGACGAGGCAAAUUCGAAACGUUUUUCUACCCCGAGGUUGCGAAUGCUUCUACAACCGCACUUAGGGGCGUUGAUGGAAAUGCCUCAUUUAUCAGUACGCCUGCGGUAGCUCAGGAUAUGCUCACUUACGCCAAGACAGAGCAGAUAGCAGCCGGAAAGUCAUCAAACGACGCUAAAGUCGCAUACUACGGUCUGAGCUACGGCACGGUUCUCGGAGCCACAUUUGCAUCUAUGUUUCCAGACAACGUGGAACGAAUGGUUCUCGAUGGCGUUUUCGCUUUAUCGGACUACUAUGACGGGGCAUGGAAGACUAGUGUGUACGAUACAGAUAAAGCACUGGCCUCCUUCUCUAGGUACUGUUACCAAGGGGGAAAGGAGAAUUGUUCCUUCUGGGGUCCAUCGGUGUCAAAUAUCACUACCCGCUUAAACAACAUCUUCGCUGAUCUGAAAUAUAACCCAAUCCCCAUCCCAAGCACGGAAAGGUGCUCAGUCCCGACGAUGGCAACAUAUUCCGAGCUAAAGCAGAUGGCGUUGGAAAUAAUGUACAGUCCAUCAGAGUUCCCAACUCUGGCAGAUGCGUUCUCUGAUCUAGAACGGAGAAAUACUUCAGGAUAUCUUACCGUUAUGGAUAUUGCCAGUGGGCCAGUGAACCCAUGCAGCAAUGGUACUGACGGGUCAUCAGGUGAUCCUUUAAUAUUAAUCAAAUGUGUUGAUGCAUGGGAUGGGUUAAAGUUUGACGAUAUAGAGCAGUAUCGUCAGUAUGUCAACGAUUUGGAGGAUAAGAGUCCAUUCUUCGGCGAGGUUUGGCCUCAGACUGCCGCAACUGUACUAUGUCGGUCUCUGGAUGCAAUACCACCCAAAAGUGCGAGGGUCACUGGCUCCAUGAUGGAAACUAGGAACACUUCCUUCCCAAUCUUAUUCAUCACCUCCGAAAUUGACCCCGUUACACCUAGAAGAGAGUAA